GGCAGCAGCAAGCAGCAACAUGGGCACGAGCGAUGCCAAGCUCGACCAAUGUCUCGCGGUCCUUGGCGGCCCCACCGACGAGCACAAGUUCGCAGGCCUCUUGAUGGUCACCAAGCACUUGGCAGACGCCGACGCGACGACGCUGCAGGCGGUGCGGGCGCGCGUGCUGGCAACCACGGGCACCGUCUUCUUCCUCCGACUCCUCCACACCAAAGGCAGCCACGACGAAGCGCUGUCGCCGUACCGCGCCUUGGCAUUGAAUCUCAUCUCGAGCUUUUGCGGGGAUGCGACGCUCGCCAACGAGUUUGCCAAAGCGUCUGUCGUCGCCGACACGCUCGAGGCUUUGCAGCUCGGCGUUGCUGCGGCCAACGCGACGGUUGUCACCGACUGCCGUCACGUCCUGCAAGGGCUCUACCUCCACACCGCGGCGGGACCUGAGCUCUUGGCCGAGCACGGGCUUGUGCCGAUGGUCGUUCAAACCAUGGUGCAGUGCUGUGCGGUCCAGCCGCUCUCGGACGCGCACGAAAUCAUUCUGCAGCACCUCGUGGACCUUCUCCGCAGCAUCCAGUACCUCUGGAAGACGCUGUCGUCCCACGACUUUAACGCGCUGCUGCAUUGUUUUGGCGCGAUCGAGUCGCGGUCGAUUGCGAAAUGCCACUUGCAAGAGCUGCUGUUGGUCGCGCCCGACGCCCGCUGGAUUCACGCGCCGCUCGCCAACGUCGUGUCGGGUCUCUUUGGCGCGUGGCCAGAGCACGGCCAUGCCUCGACGCAGCGCCGGGAUACGUCCCUCGCGCUCAUUGAGCGCCUUUUCUCGACCGUCGGUGGCGCGUGGCUUCUCCCGACGCCCGAUGCGGCCGGUGACCUCGUCGUCCUCGUCGUCCAGCUGGCCGCCAUCGAAGCCAAGCUGCUCUUGGACGACGCGGAGCGCGCGUGGAUCGACGUCCGCGUCAACGAAAGCGCCGUCGAAGUCAUCGACGGCGCCGACGACCGCCUCACGCGCAUGAUUCCGAUCUGCUAUGGCAUUCUCGAAGCAAUCGUGUCCAUGCUGGCCGGGUCGCGGCCAGACAUCGUCGACGCCUCGCUCCUCUCGGGACCGGUCCUCGCGCAGCUCCAGGACGCGCUAAGCGAGUUCUUUACGGUCGUGCUCCAGUUUUUAACCACGUCGCGGGACUUCCUCGCGACGUUCCCGACCUCGCUCGCACUCGACAUGGUGGUCUACGCAAGCAUCCGUGUCUUUGGCGCGUGGCUGGCCGAAGAGUCGGACUUUUGCCAAGCCGACGUGCUCCAGCUGCUGCCUUUCCUACUCCAGUACCAGCCGUCGCUCCUCACCGACGAGUCGACGAAGCCGCCGACGCCGUUGCUGACCGACCCGCUGCACUUUUUACUCCCGGGCCUCCUCUCGCUGUCGGCCGACGAGGCUGUGGCCACCGCGCUCUUGGACGAUGAUGCUGUCUUGCAACGAUUGUUGCAGUUUGGCGUCGGUGUCUGCGCCAACGCCGACACCCCCGGCGUCGUCACCAUGUGUCUUGGCGUCUACAUGAAUUUGCUGCUCAUCGGGUCGCCGUCGUUCACAGCCAAAGCCCACUUCCAGAAGACGCUGCCGGUGUACCUCAAGCUCGCACAACUGACAGGCCAGCGUUGUAUGACGAGCCGGGUGUACGACGACGACGCGACGUCCUUGCUCUUGCAUCUGCUCAACUACUGCCUCUUGGUCCUUCUGGGCUCGUCAGCCAAGGGCAGUCGUGCCACGGACCCGGGCUUCCGCGCCACGCUGCAGUGGGCCAAGGCGAACGCGCCGCCCAUCGAGUGGGAAGCCAGCUACGACCUGCACGAGCUGCUGCUGCACUUGGCGGCGCGCGACUCGGUAUAA